AUGGGUGAACGGAAAGACGCAUCAUCAAAUGCCAACUACAAUGCAUUCGUCACAACGCACACCUCGCUCCGAGUGACGCUGGAUUUUGCCGCAAAGUUACUACGAGGCACUUGCCAGCAUACGUUGACGUGUAUGGACGCCUCUGCCAAGGAGAUUAUCCUCGACUCGUCAUUUCUCAAUGUGACGAGCGUCUCUUUGAAUGAUGCUCCUGUCAAGUUCAAGGUGGCUCCUCGCAAGGAACCUCUUGGCUCUCCGUUGCACAUCUCUCUGCCGAAUUCACUCGAGCAAGGCGCCUCAUGUAACGUCUCAAUUGAGUACAGCACGACAGAUAGGUGCACAGCUCUGCAAUGGCUAGAACCAGCUCAGACAGCAGGCGACAAGCCAUAUCUGUUUUCGCAAUGUCAGGCAAUUCACGCACGUUCCAUGUAUCCUUGCCAAGACACACCGCUCAUCAAGGCAACUUUUACCUUCUCACUGCGAUCACCGUAUCCAGUCGUUGCAACAGGUCUGCCCAAGGGAGCAAGCAAGUUCGAGAAUGGUACACUGUUGUACGACUUUGAGCAACCUGUGCCAAUCCCAACAUAUCUCGCUGCCAUUGCUUCCGGUGACCUUGCAUCAGCUCAGAUCGGCUCACGAUCUGUCCUUUACACCGAACCUAAAUACAUCUAUGCAGCUCAACGCGAAAUGCUGCCCGUUGUCGACAAGUUCAUCAAGGCGGCCGAAUCUAUUUUGCCACCAUACGCCUGGCAUGUCUACAACGUCCUUAUAGCACCAGCCUCCUACCCAUACGGCGGCAUGGAGAAUGCUGCGUUGACUUUUGCAACGCCAACAAUUCUGGCUGGCGAUGGCUCGAAUCUGGACGUGAUUGCGCACGAACUCGCUCAUUCUUGGUCUGGUAACUCCGUUACAUGUGCGGGCUGGGCUCACUUUUGGUGCAACGAGGGCUGGACCGUCUUUCUUGAGCGCAAGAUUGUCGGUAUCCUUCAUGGUCGUGCUGCUGCAGAAUUCAGCGCCAUCGUGGGCUGGAAGGCAUUAGAAGACUCGGUUGCCGGCUAUGGGGAGAAGCACGAAUUCACAAAACUGAUUCCUGAUCUCACUGGAGUCGAUCCGGAUGACUCCUUUUCCAGCAUCCCAUACGAAAAGGGUUUCAAUCUGCUCUACUACUUGGAACACCUUUUGGGAGAAGGUCCUUUUGCCAAGUACACGCGCUGGUACUUUGAGCAUUUCGCAGGCCAAAGUAUCACGUCUUUCCAAUUCAAGCAAAGCUUGUAUGACUUCUUUGGCAAAGAAGAGGCACAAAUCAAGAAGCUGGACGGUGUCGACUGGAAUCACAAGUUCUACAGCCCUGGUCUACCGACUAAGCCAGAUUUUGAUACCUCGCUUGCAGUACCUUGCUACAAUCUUGCAAAACGCUGGAUCAAUGCUCAAGGGAAGCACAAGGAUGGUCAAUCUGCUGGAUUCGCCGCGUCGGAUGUGGACAGUUUGAGUGCAGGACAACGUGUCGUGUUUUUGGAGACACUCGAGUCUUCCCACUUUAGAGACCCCGACCUGGUUGCCUCACUUGGUGACUUGUAUGGUUUCAUUGAGACGCAGAAUGCGGAAGUGGCGUUCAGGUACUACCUGCUCGCUGUAACAUGCAAGCAAAAGAACUUGUACCACGCAGCUGCAGACUGGGUCGGUACCGUGGGUCGCAUGAAGUUCGUCAGACCAUUGUUUAGAGCUCUCAACAAGGCGGACACUACAUUGGCGCGAGAGACGUUUGGCAAGGUGGCACCGGGCUUGCAUCCAAUCUGCAAGGAAAUGGUACGCAAGGAUUUGAAACUUUAA